AUGGACAUCACCAAGGCCUCAGAGCCUCCACUGGUACAGGCUGGGCUCCCUACAGAGAUUCCUGUCACGACAGCAUCCGCAGAUGACACUUCUAUCACACCAAUUGACCUCGAAGAAAGCCCCAAUGUCCGCACAAAACUGCGUCUAUACCUGAUCUUAACGGCAUUUUAUGUAGCUUAUCCCCGCACUAUGAGUUGGGCGAAGAAACAUCCCACUAACGAUAACUUGCAGCUCGCCCUGUUCCUGUCCGCCCUCGAUACGACCAUCGUCACACAAUCAAUUCCCACAAUAUGCAGUGACCUGGGCUCUGCCGAGGGCUAUGUCUGGAUUGGCAGCGCCUAUUUACUCGCUAGCGCCGCCACAGGUCCCAUCUGGGCGAGAAUCAGUGAUAUCUGGGGCCGCAAGGUCGUUCUCCUCACGGCCGUCGGCUUAUUCGCGGCCGCCAGUAUGAUUGCGGCGCUGAGCGCCAACAUGCCCAUGCUGAUUGCCGGACGAGUGUUGCAAGGCGCAGCUGGCGGCGGUAUGGUGCAGCUGUCCGUUAUCACCAUCUCGGAUCUCUUCAGUGUGCGCGAGAGAUCGGUAUACUUGGGCUUCUCUGGAGUUGUGUGGGCUGUAGCUGGAUCCGUCGGACCGCUGAUCGGGGGGGCAUUCACAGAAUCCGUCACUUGGCGUUGGUGCUUCUGGAUCAACCUCCCCAUAUGCGCCAUCACCUUUGGCCUCCUGGUUCUGUUCCUCGACGUAAACAACCCGCGCACGAGGUUAGGCGAAGGGCUCAGGGCCGUGGACUGGGUUGGGAGCGCCUCGAUCCUGGCAAUCACCACUCUGCUUCUCGUUGGAUUGGAUUUCGGUGGGGUUAUAUUCCCCUGGAGCAGCCCGAAAGUCAUCUGCUUGAUCGCGUUUGGGGCGCUGAUGAUUGGCUUCUUCGUCUUGAAUGAGCAGCGCCUAGCCAAAUACCCCCUUAUGCCGCUAACGGUGUUCAAAAGCCGGUCGAACAACGCAGUUUUCCUCAUCGUCUUUUCGCACGGUAUGGUGCUGAUAGGUAUAGAAUAUUAUAUGCCCUUAUAUCUUCAAAGCGUGCAGCAAGCCUCACCCCUCCGGAGCGGCAUUCUGCUGCUACCAUUGAUCAUAGUACAAGCCGUGGGGGAAAUUCUAGGCGGCUUCCUGGUUCAUCGCACCGGCCGCUACAGAGAGUCAAUAUGGGUUGGUUCCGUGCUGAUGACGCUAGGAACCGGGUUGUACAUAAUCUUCGGAGCUGGAACGUCCGUUGCGGUUGUUAUCGGACUGGAAAUUGUCGGCGCAGUCGGCCCAUCACUUCUUUUCCAAGCGCCUAUGGCCGCUAUCCAGAACACUGUUAGCCAGGAAGACACUGCGGCUGCCACAUCUUCCUUGAUCUUUCUCCGGAGCAUUGCCAUGUCACUAUCUGUUGUCAUUGGUGGUGUGGUAUUCCAAAACAGCAUGGAUGCCAGGCAAUCAGCCCUUGCUGCCGCUGGCCUUAGCAAGUCUUCCCUCGAAGCCCUAUCGGGAAGCCAGGCAGCGGCCAACGUGGGCAUCACGCAAUCCAUCCAAGAUCCCGCACAGCGUCAGGCAGUGCUGGAAGCUUUUGCGUGGAGCAUGAGGAACAUGUUCAUACUAUAUACGAGCCUAGCAGCUGUUGCAGUAGUAGCCAGUGUUUUCAUCAAGCACCAAAAACUAAGCACGGAGCACACGGAGACGAAGACGGGGAUACAACACUUGACACAGGCGAAAAAGUCGAAGAAGUGA